AUGGCCACCGCCCUCCGCCCUCCCCGGCUCCCAGCAGUCCCGGAGCAGGCUUCCUCGCUUCAUCGCCUACCAAAGCACAGAGUCGCUGUCACCGGGCGUAGGAGCUUCGCCGCCAGGGCCGGCUCGUAUCCAGGCAACGUGGGCGUCCCGAAGCAAUGGUACAACCUCAUCGCCGACCUGCCGGUGAAGCCGCCGCCGAUGCUGCACCCGGGGACGCACCAGCCGCUCAACCCCAGCGACCUGGCCCCUCUCUUCCCCGACGAGCUGAUCCGGCAGGAGCUCACGGAGGAGCGCUUCAUUGACAUACCCGACGAGGUCCGGGAUGUCUACGAGCUCUGGCGCCCCACGCCGCUGAUCAGGGCCAAGAGGCUGGAGAAGCUGCUCAGCACGCCGGCGAAGAUCUACUACAAGUACGAAGGCACUAGCCCGGCGGGGUCGCACAAGGGCAACACCGCCGUGCCGCAGGCGUGGUACAACGCCGCGGCGGGGGUCAAGAACGUGGUCACCGAGACCGGCGCCGGCCAGUGGGGCAGCGCGCUCUCCUUCGCCAGCACCCUCUUCGGCCUCAACUGCGAGGUGUGGCAGGUGCGCGCGUCCUACGACCAGAAGCCGUACCGGAGGCUGAUGAUGGAGACGUGGGGCGCCAAGGUGCACCCGUCGCCGUCCGACGUGACGGAGGCCGGCAGGAGGCUCCUGGCGGCGGACCCGAGCAGCCCGGGGAGCCUCGGGAUGGCCAUCUCCGAGGCGGUGGAGGUCGCGGCCACCAACGCCGACACCAAGUACUGCCUCGGCAGCGUGCUCAACCACGUCCUGCUGCACCAGACCGUCAUCGGCGAGGAGUGCCUGGAGCAGCUGGCGGCCAUCGGCGACACCCCGGACGUCGUCAUCGGCUGCACCGGCGGCGGCUCCAACUUCGGCGGGCUCGCCUUCCCCUUCAUGCGCGAGAAGCUGGCCGGCAGGAUGAACCCGCAGUUCAGGGCCGUGGAGCCCGCCGCGUGCCCCACGCUCACCAAGGGCGUCUACGCCUACGACUACGGCGACACGGCCGGGCUGACGCCGCUGAUGAAGAUGCACACCCUCGGCCACGACUUCGUCCCUGAUCCCAUCCAUGCAGGUGGGCUUCGCUACCAUGGAAUGGCGCCUCUUAUCUCCCAUGUGUAUGAGCUCGGGUUCAUGGAGGCCAUGUCCAUACAGCAAACUGAGUGCUUCGAAGCUGCAUUACAAUUUGCACGGACGGAGGGCAUCAUCCCGGCGCCGGAGCCGACGCACGCGAUCGCGGCGGCGAUCAGGGAAGCGCUGGAGUGCAAGAGGACCGGGGAGGAGAAGGUCAUCCUCAUCGCCAUGUGCGGCCACGGCCACUUCGACCUCGCCGCCUACGACCGGUACCUGAGAGGCGACAUGAUUGAUCUCUCACACUCCUCUGAGAAGCUCAAGGAGUCUCUGGGUGCCAUUCCCAAAGUUUGA